AUUUCAGCUUGCUUGGCAUAGCCUGCUGCGGGUAACUGGCGUGCGCAGCGUGUGUCAGCGCAGCCUGGCACCCGUCGGGUUUGAGAAGGCGCUGCCUGCGGGGAGCGCUGGCUCGGCGCAGGGCUCGGCUGCGGUUUCGGGUUUCAUUUCCCUCGCACGCUACACCCGAAUUCCUGCUGCCUUCCCUGCUGCAUGGGCUCAGCGCACAGCUCCUGUGCCGUACCCAGCGCAGCCGGACGGAGCUUCCCUCAGCUCCAGGGAGUGGACCAUGAAGACGUCAAUUGUAUUUUUGCUUUGUGUCUCAGUUUUCCCAGGCUUUUCCCAGGGUAGAGUUGUUGGAGAGGAUGAAGCUGGUUUUGCCGAGUGUAACGUGUUCUUCCCUGGACAAGUCCCACCCGAAGGAUUCACAGAGCCCUUCCACGUGAAAAUCUGUCAGCACUACAACAAAGAGCCUCGCUUUGCGACUCUCUAUAGUACGAAGGACAAAAUCCCGCUUUAUUCAGCUUUUAAGUAUACAAAGUCGGGCCAAAACGAGGAGGAGAACUGGCUGGUGGAACCGCAGAUAGACGAUCCCAAAAAUGGCCUGCACGAGAUGGUGCAUGAAGCUGAUGUCGCUGCCACUGUCGCAAACCUCGGUGCAAAUCAAGCCCUGACCUCAGACUAUGUGGGCUCUGGUUAUGAGAGAGGGUUGCUCAACCCAAGCUUGCUCAAUGAAGAGGAUUUCCAGGUGGCCACUUACACACUUACCAAUGCUGUGCCUCUGAGCCCAUCUCUGAGCAAAAGCUGGCACAGACAUGUUGGGAUGGUAGUGGAGCAUGCUCUGGUCCCACACUGCUCCAAGAAGGAUCAUCUGUAUCUUCUUGCAGGUGCAAUUCCUUCCAGUGUCCAAGUUAAAGGCAAGGUGUCAGUGCCAGAGACCCUCUGGCUGGCAGCCUGCUGUGAUGCUCCGGAGGGAUGGUCUCUGGGACUAGUGAAAAAAGUGAAUGAUGAAAACAGCUUGGAAGACCUCACAGUGGGGCAGCUGGAGAAGCAACUUCUAGCAGGAGUUCAUUUGUUCAAGGGCAACUGUGGGGAAGACAAUCAAAGCCAGAAAAAAACAGAAGCAGUAUUACAAGCUGUCAGUCAGAUUCAGUCUGGAGAGCAGGCAGGAACAAGUGACAACCAGGAGGCCAAAGACAGCAGCUUAGUGAGAAAAGUGGCUGGCAUCAUUGCUACCCCUUUCAUCAAACUCCUGGAACUCCUCAUCUAUGUGUUUGUGGAGCUGGUGAAAUUUGUGUUCUAUUUCCUGUGGCUUGUUGUCAAGCGAGUUGUUGGUACUGUCCUGGAUGGAGUCUCCAGCCUGUGGAGCGGGGUGGUGUCCUACCUUAAAGCCAUCAGUAUGGUGCUCAUCAGCAUCCCCUAUGAUGUGGGGAGGGUCAUCAUCAACAUCUUCCUGGGCUUCCUGCAACUGGUUCAAGAUGUGGUAUACCUCACCUACAGGAUCCUAUGCAUUCCCAUGGGGUUUGUCCUUCACCUUGCUGCUUUUCCUUACCACUCCAUCUGUGCCAUUCCCUCUGUCCUCAAGGAUGUGGCUUCCGGGAUUUGGGGCACCUUCUCGCUGGUCAUCGAUGCCACAGCUGCACUUCUGCAUGGCUUUUAUUACUUGGCAGGUCACAUAGUCAAACGGUUUGUCCCCAAAGUCUCCUCUGAUGACUGAAAGGAAUGGAAACCAAGGCUGCAAAGGCAUGGUGUGAAGAAGGAGUUGAGGCAAUGCUUUAAGAUACGUGGCCAAACACUGUCCAUUUUGUUCUGGUAUUUAUUGUAAUGACAUUAAUAACAAUGAACCAACUGGGGAGCAACAGGGAGGGAUAAGGUAACAUUACUGGGUGCCAGCACCAUUGCAACUCAAGUUCUGCCUCUUGCAAAGGGUUCAGGUUUUAUCGGUGCAGGCCACAAAGUUUCUGUGAUUGGCAGAUGUGAAGAUGUUUCCUCUGGGAGAUGCAUGUUAAAUGUGGUACAAGGUUAGUUCUUUCUGACUAUGAAAACACUGAGACCUAAGCACUAGCAGUGAACUCUGCAGAAGCCUGUCUUGGCCAGGGAGAAGUUGAUAGUCAGGGGAGGAUUUUAAUUAUGGAGAGUUUUCUGGGACCUGGAGGAAGGAGGAGACAAGGGUGCAAGGAUUUGGGGCUGGAAAUAGUAGGGAGUGGGGUGGGGUGGAGGAAAGGUCCUGAUGUUGGUUGCGUUGCUCAUUGCACCAGGAUCCCACUGGUGGAGGGGAUGCGAUGAAGUCUAUCUCAUAGUCCUCAGGCCUUUCCAGAGAGCUGAAACUGUGUGGAUCUUGCUGUGAGGAAAGGCCCUCUGCCUGUUCUUCCUUUAGGCAUAUCAACAUUGUCUCCCCUCAACCCUUGUUUUCUGGUGACCACUGAAGGUCUACACUUUGAAGCUUCAAGAUGUGGCAUUCCCUGAAGAUCUAGACUUCUGAAUAUCUCAGUCCUGAAGCUCUUGUGCCUUCUCCAAUGCCCAGCAGCACCCAUGAGUCAUGCUUUUGGCUUCCAGUCAUCUGCCAGCCUGCCUAGCCUCCCUUGAGAGCUGACAGCUCCCCAAGCAGUGUUUGUGUGCCUGAGGUAUCCAUGAGACAAUGCCCAGGCUGGUGAUGGGUAACACCACAGCUGUCCUUCUGAGGCUGGGGAUAACUGCUCCUACUCAAUUUCCCUCUGGGACAAAAGAAAAGCAGAUCUGCCAUUCCCACCAGUCUGGGCUUGUGACAGGGAUGUCCUUAUGGAAAGGUGACAUGAGAGAGGAGAUUCAUAGGGAGCAUGGGGUGGGACUUUGCUGCUUUAACAUGAGGAGCUCCUACCAAGGCAUAGAGCCAUCCCUGGAGGUCUUCAAGAAAAGACUGGAUAAGGCACUUAGUGCCAUGGUCUAGUUGACUGGCUAGGGCUGGGUUCUAGGUUGGACUGGAUGAUCCUGGAGGUCUCUUCCAACCUGGUUGAUUCUAUGAUAUUCUAAGAUAUUCUAUGAGUGAGGCAGGACCCAGGCUGGGCAGGGCAAGUGGGUUCUAUCAGUGCUGUGCUUAGGAAUGAAGCUGGCCUGAGUGAUAUCAAGGAAGGUAGUUCUGCAACUGGGAGAGAAAAGACAGAAGGAAUAGGAUACUCAUGGCAGCUUACUUGUAUUUGGAGGUCCUGACAGCACUCAUAGAAGAGGCCUCUGCCACCCGUGAGAGGAAAAGAGGUCUGCAUCAUGGCCUUUGCGACUGCAGGAGCCAGCAUGGCCAAACUUAACCAAAGCCCUAAUAGCAAAGCUGACUUCUGGGAUUUUCCCUUCUUAGGUGAUUUUGGCGACCUUGAGGAGGGAGGACUAUGGCCUGUCAGAUGGAAGGAGAGGCAAGAAUGGCAUCUGGGGUGCAGCACUCAUUUUGCUGUGUAAAUGCCCACUUGGUGAGCCCAUGAACAAGCAAGCACCCCUCUUCUGCACUGCCUGUCUUCUUUCCUUGCUUUUUGUUCCUUUUUUCUGCCAGCAUGAGCUGGGACACCCCAGACCUGGGGCACUGCAGCCAGGCCAUGCACAGGGGGUUUACAGGGGAACAUCAAAUGUUGGCAGCUGGAUGAGGAGCACAGGGACACUCUCCACUGCUGGAGGAGGCACAGGGGUACUGCCCUUCCCUAGGGCUUGGCUUAUCAAGGGGCUUUAGAUCUAUUAGCUGUCUGCAGGAGGGAGGCUCUUGGUUUCAGCAAUAAUUGCUCUGUCUGGACUCCAAGAACUAUUUGGAAGCCCUACAUAAACAAAUACUUGCCUUCACCAUCACCUCUAGCCCUCCCUCCAAUGCCAGGUUUCUUGGCAACCUCUGAUUUGGCACAGCAUCCCAUUAGGAGUUACAGGGAUGUACAGGUGGUGAUACUGUCCCCACAGGGGAUGCUAAAGUACUGUGCUGGUGGAGACCAGUCCUGCAUUGAAGAAAACCCAACUACUCAAUGCAGCAGCUUUGCUCCUCUGCCUCCUGAUACCCAUGGAAAGCUGAGUUGGGAAGGUGUGAGUUGUGGGAUACAGGAUAUUUGGCUGGCUCAUGGCAGCGACAGUGAGUUUUACCUCGCAGCCAGAUGUGCGUGCACGUCCCAGACCAGCGCACUCUGACCGUGUGGCACCCUGCUCUCCAGGAUGCUGAUGGUAUUGCUGGGGAUGCCAAUGAUGGGGAUGAAGUGUGAGGGGUGUGAGAUGAAUAGGGAGAGAGGAUGACUUCUUAUCUCAUCUUUCAUGGCCCACAGCUGGUUUCUGGAGAAAGAGAUGCCACCUGCAAGCAGUGCUGGAUUUGUUCAAAGGCAAAGGCAGCAUUGGUGCCCCAAUGUGGGUAUAGCUGGGUGAAGUCAGCAGUGUUUUACAAGUCUCUCCUUUGCCUUGAAACUGUUGGGUUUGGAAUUUGGGCGACAAGGUCCAGGUUGCUGCUCCCAACAGGCAGACAACAGCCUGUAGAUGGUCUCCAAACUAAACUUUGCAUCUCUGUCUUUCCUGCUGCAGAGCUAGAUGUGAAGCUGGUUUCUUUCUUCUUUGCAAGACCUUGUCCCAACCCCAGUACUCCUCUCAAGCUACAUGGCAGCUCUCAAGGCAAGAAAACAGCCUAUUCAGGUGCCAGGAGAUGCCUGGGUGGAGUGACAGGGGCAGCAGCAUGAGGGACCCAGCAUCCUCAGGAGCCUUUGAAGGCAUGUGUAGUGACAGCAGCUCUCAAGUGCAGCCCUGGCACUGAGGAGGUGAUAACUGUCCUCCACAUCUGCCUGUCUUGUGCCUUCUGUGCAGCCUAAUCUCUGACCCAUCCUAGCUGUAGAGUGUUGCAGAGCAGUUGGUGAUUCAUUUCUCCAGAAUCCUGCACCCAAAGCAGCUUCCCCACACCCUAACUCAUCAGCCUCUGUAUCUCAGCUCUACCAGCAUCUCUAGUGCAUCCCCCCAGUUGCAGUGACAUAGGAACUUAUGCACUGAGAGGUAGCAAAGCACUUUGGGAGGUCUAUGUUGCCACAUCUGCAUCACCCAUUGCUACCCAGCCAAGCUUGGGUCAGGCCAGCAGGUCUCUGUGCUGCCACUGUGUCUUCUGACUGCAAGUGGACAGUCCUUGAAGUCUAAAGAUUUGGGCAGUGCUGCGAGAUUUGGACAGAUGAGGAACAGCGUUACUAAAAUUGGCUUGGAGUGCUCAGAUUGCAAAUGCUGAGAGCCACAAGCCAGCACAGGGCAUUUUUCUCCUGGGCUGCAUGCCUGAGCAGGUGAUGGGAAACCUGCCCUGAAUGCUGAGCAAUUAUUGCAGAACAAGAAACAUCCUUCCAUAAACUAACUGUUGUUUGAGAUUGUUCUUAUCUGGGCAUGAUUUAUGGCUUCUGAGCUUUACUCAAUCAUUGGAAACACAUGGCUUCAACAAAAUAAAAGUUACUUUUCCAAAGA